UAUUGUCUCCCUUGAGUAGCUCUCACUUAUUGCCUUAUCUCACCCUGAUUCUCUAGGUUUCGGAAGAAGAAAACUACGAAGGCGAAAACAUGGGAGAUGUUGGAACCAAUCGUCAUGAUACUUUAACAUAAAUACACAUGUCUCAAGUCAUGAGAUCCAACAGUCUGAGGCAUCUGACUGAGUUGUUUGUAGUUUCCGAGUGUUAGCAAUAAAACUGACCCAACUAUUCAGAUGUAACUAUGGCAACGUCAUCUCUGGUCAAGCUGGUCUCAUGGAGGCUGGCUGGUGUUGCAUUGUUGAGGCGCACCAAUCUUGCUGUCCCGAGGCCGAGGUUGCUGUGCACACACACAGGUGUGCCAACAGAGGACACUGGUCACCGUGUGUUCUCCGCUACAGAACGCAUCCCUAAACGUUUUGAUGCAGAGAUACAGAAGGUGAUGCAGGAACAUUCUGAUAAAAUCGAUGGCUAUGCUACUAUUAUGAACUGUCCAAGAGUAGUUGUUGAAUCCUUGAUCCAAGCCGACACUCGGCUAGUGACAAGUUUCACCUAUGAACAGAUCCGUGCCAAAAUGAAGAUGUUUGUAGACUUUGGAUUCAGCCCCGAAGAAAUCUCUACCUACCCAGCAGUGUUUUGUAGAAGUUACAACGAUUCAAAGAGGAGGUUGGCUGAAAUGGAAACUGUACGAAAAUAUCAUUUUUCAUUGAGAAUGGUAUAUGUAUCAGAACGUGAAUUUAGGAGAAGAAUUGCUUUAUAUAGAAAGGAACUUUCCAUUCUAGGAGAUCAUCCUACUAAGGUUCAUUUCGUAGCUGCGAAAUUAAACUGUGACGUGACAGAUGUGCUGGACAUGAUUGACAAGGGGAACACCCACUUGAUGACACGCCCCCCUUCAGCAAUUGAUAAUCUUGUUGACAUGAUCCUAGAGUAUGGUUUUACAACCGAACAGAUUAGAGAAUCACCGCAAGUUCUGAUUGCUAGUCUCAAGCUGGCUAGACACAGAUUUGUACUGGUCAAAGACAGUGAUGUGUUGAACAGAAUGUCUUUAUUCACCAUAUUAGGAACAAACCUUUCUCAGUUUCGGGCCUCACUUCGGACUUGGCUGCUCGAGCUGGCUCAUCUGGAUGGGUGUGAAGAUUGUGACUGUGUUUUGAGGAGGAGGCUUGGUGUUGAUGAAAACACUGUUAAGGCGAUGCAUAUUCGAGCAACUAAGCUGAAGUAUUUACGGGCAAGGAAAAUUCAACCAUGUCUUGAUAUUUUGCUGAAGGAAAUGGAGAUUGCCCCUGGAGACAUUGUGAAACAACCAGUUGUGCUGUACUUCAGCCCUGACAGGCUGCUUCGACGGAAGGCUAUUCUGGAAGAAGCUGGAGUAGAGGGCAGUUGGAACAGACUCAAUGCAUUAUGUCUCAGUGAAGCCAAAUUUGAAAUAAAAUAUGAAGAUUAUAUUAAAAAAAGUGAUGAGAGUGUAACAUAGGAAUAAAGAAGUUUUGUUGAAAGAA